ACUGUAAAAUAUUGUUUUUGUUUGUUACUAUUUUUAUUUUUGCUAAUUUAAGCACAGUAAGAAGUAAAAUGUUACAUAUAAAUGUAAAUAUUUGAAAAAUACAUAUUUCUGAUGUGGACGUUAGAUAUAAAUGAAUUCUUUUUUGUGUCAUUUUUCCAGAUAUUAUCUGUAAUUUAAUGUAAAAGUUACACUAACUUCUUUUUAUAAAUCACAGUUAAAAUCCCUUUAUUUUUUCCAGUGUAGCUGCAGUAAAUUGAAUUAAUCCAUUUUCCCUCCAGUGUCUCCUGAUCAUCUGUUUCCUCCUCCAGGAAUGGGUUCUAUGCCAACCUGUCCGUGGGUCUGUCCUCCAUGUCCUCCAUGUCCUCCAUGUCCAUCCUAACCCCCGUCCCCGCUAACCCCUCCAUGGUCCAGCCUCUGGUCCAGCCUCUGGUCCCCCCUCUGGUCCAGCCUCUGGUCCCCGUCUCUCUGCCCCUCCUCGGCCUCCACAACGGCAGCCUGCUGACGCCUCCGCUGGUCCCCAACAACUCAGCGCUGCCUCUGUCUGGUUUCUCGUCUCCGAUGACGUUUUCUCCGUCCAGCGGCAUGUCGAAGGCAAACUCUCUGCUCGACCUCGGAUCCAGCAGUUCCAACUCGUCCUCCACCACCUCUCUGGCCAGUAACUCUCCAAAGAUGGGCUCCAGCGACUGGGCGGUUCCUCAGGCGUCCAGGCUCAAAUACCGACAGCAGUUCAACACUCUGGACAAACUCAUGAGUGGAUACCUGUCAGGACCCCAAGUUAGAAACGCUCUGAUGGCAUCAAAUCUGACCCAGACUCAGCUGGCAACCAUCUGGACGUUAGCAGACGUGGAUAAAGAUGGUCAGCUUCGAGCCGAUGAGUUCAUUCUGGCGAUGCAUCUGGUGGACAUGGCUAAGACCGGACGUCCUCUGCCGCUCACGCUGCCUCAGGACCUGGUUCCUCCAUCUCUCAGAGGAGGAGUGAAGCCCAGUGAGCUGGUUAAUGGAACCAGUCCCUACAUCACUCCAUGUCUGAUCGACACCACGGAGGUCGAAGCUCCUCAGAAGAACAAGAGCAGCGUGUCCUUCGAGGACAAGCUGAAGGAGAACUUUGCUCGAGGCAGCGCCGAGCUGGAGAAACGACGGCUGGCCCUGGAGGAGCAGCAGAGGAAGGAGAAGGAGAGGAGGGAGAGGGAGGAGAGGGAGGCCCUGGAGCGCCGAGAGAGGGAGGCCCGGGAGCAGGAGAACCGCCGGAGGAUGGAGGAGGAGAGGAGGAUGGAGAGGCAGAGGGAGAUGGAGAGGCAGAGGGAGGAGGAGAGGCUGAGGGAGCUGGAGAGGAAGGAGGCAGCGAAGCAGGAGAUGGAGCGCCAGAGGAGGGAGGAGUGGGAGCAGAGGAGGAGGGAGGAGCUGAACAGGAGGAAGGAUGGAGAGCAGGAGGAGAUCAGUCGACUCCGAGCCAAGAAGAAGAGUCUGGAGCUGGAGCUGGAGGCCGUGGGCAACAAGCACAGGCAGAUCUCCGACUGUCUCCGUGACGCCCAGAGUAAGAGGAGGAUCCAGAAGGCCGAGGUGGACCUGGUCAACCAGAAGAGAGACGCAAGAAUCACUGAGAUCAACACCUUGCAGCUGGAGUUUGAGGACUGGCAGAGGAAACUGGCCCAGCUGGUUCCAGAGCAGCAGAAGUUGACGGAGAAGCUGAGAAACACCGGACUGAACAAAGUCUCCUCCUCAACUCUGAACUCGCUGAGCAGCAGCGUGACGGAGAAGAGCUUCACCUGCCGCCGUCUGAAGGACCAGCUGGACCUCCUGGAGAAGGAGACCACCGACAAGCUGACCCAGAUGGAGCAGUACAACAAGGAGCUGCAGUUUGGGGAUCUGGAUGACUGUGUCCUGAGAGGCCUUCUGUCUCUGCUGGCCUGCCUCACUCAGCUCUUCCUCCUCAUCAAGGAGCUGAGGGAGAAGCAAGUGAAGCAGCAGAACGUCCUGGAUGAUCUGUACAGAGUGAAGGAGGAGAAACUGAAGGAGCUGCAGAGACGAAGAGAGGAAGAGCAAGAGAGGAGAAGGAGGGAGGAAGAGGAGGCAGCCAGACAGGCAAAGCUGGACCAGGAGAGGAGGCUCCAGGAGGAGGAGGAGGCCCGACAGAGGAGGCUCCGAGAGGAGGAGGAGGCCCGACAAAGGAGACUCCUGGAGGAAGAGGAGGCCCAGCAGAGGAGGCUCCAGGAAGAGGAGGAGGCCCGACAGAGGAGGCUCCUGGAGGAGCAGAAGGAGGCUCAGGAUCGACUCCGAGCCGCCCAGCAGGAAGCACAAGAAGAAGAAGAAAAGAGGAGAAGAGAGGACGAGGAGAGGAAAAGUAGGGAGGUGGAGGAGCAGAAAGAGGUGGAGAAGGAGAGGAGGAGGAAGGAGGAGCAGGGAGGACUGACCUCCUACAGAGCUUUGUAUUCCUUCAUCGCCCGAAACGCCGACGAGCUGAGCAUCGACGCAAACUGUCUGAUCCAGGUGAAUGAAAACACCGUCGGCGAGCCAGGCUGGCUGUGUGGGAGUUACCAUGGAAACCAGGGCUGGUUCCCUCAGACCUACGCCGAGAAAUGUCCCCCGGCUUCGGCCAAUCAGACAGCGGCUUCCUCGCCUGGAAAAACGUCCCGUCUGCCUCCACUGCCGAACGCAAGAGACCUAAAUGUGGAGGAACCAGGUGAAAAGAUUGUCCCGGUCCAAUCAGAUGCUUCACAGCCCUCCGUGGCGCUGCUGGCUCGUGCCGUCUCCUCCUGGUCUUCCUCCUCACCUGAGGCUCACCUGGCCGUCUCCUCGGUAACCGGUGAUGUCCUCACGGCGCUGCUGAGCUUCUCCCAGGGUGAUGUCAUCAGCGUGCUGCAGCAGAGGGAGGACUGGUGGCUGGGACAGCUAAACGGGACACAGGGCUGGUUCCCCAAAAACUACGUUGCCGUGGAGACCGAAGUCGAUGCUUUCGACUCGUCAGACUUCGUCCAGCUGGAAGAGUACGUGGCCCUGUACACCUACGAGAGUCCAGAGGCCGGAGACCUGACGUUUGUGGAGGGAGACGUCGUCAUGGUGACGGAGAGGGAGGGCGAGUGGUGGCGAGGAUGCAUCGGAGACCAGGCGGGAGUUUUCCCCUCCAACUACGUCCGACCGGUGGAGCCGGAGACGUCCAGAUCUGGAGCUUCAACCAGGAAACCAGAAGUGGCUCAGGCCGUCUCCUCCGCCGCUGCCCAGACGCUGCAUCAGCUGCAUCUGUCUCCAGGACAACUGAUCGUGGUUCAGGCCAAGAACUCGUCCGGCUGGUGGCUGGGAGAACUGCAGGCUCGAGGUAAAAAGCGCCAGAGAGGCUGGUUUCACUCGUCUAACGUCAAACUUCUGGGUCCGUCCAGCAGCAAGACGUCGCCUUCACCUCUGCCAGUCUGUCAGGUCAUCGCCAUGUACGACUACACUGCAGCCAAUCAGGACGAGCUGAGCUUCUCCAAAGGUCAGCUGAUCAGCGUCCUGGACAAGACCAACCCCGAUUGGUGGAAAGGAGAAGUGGGCGGAGUCACCGGCCUGCUGCCCACCAACUACGUGAAAAUGACCACAGAGUCGGACCCGAGUCAGCAAUGGUGUGCAGACCUGAUGACGCUGGACUCCAUGACGCCUCAGGAGAGGAAGAGGCAGGGCUACAUCCACGAGCUGAUCCAGACCGAGGAGACCUAUGUGCAGGACCUGGAGCUGGUUCUGGAGGUGUUCUACAAGCCCAUGUCGGAGUCUGGACGUCUAACGGAAGCUGAGAUGGCUGUGAUCUUUGUAAACUGGAGGGAGCUGAUUAUGUGCAACACCAAGCUGCUCAAAGCCCUGCGUGUCCGUAAGAAGACCGGUGGUGAGAACAUGCCUGUCCAGCUGAUCGGAGACCUGUUGGCCUCAGAACUGGCUCACAUGCAGCCGUACAUUCGGUUCUGUUCCUGUCAGCUGAAUGCUGCUGCGCUGCUGCAGAACAAAACCCACAACCAGCCCGACUUUAAGGACUUCCUCAAGAAGAUAGCCACCAACUACCGCUGUAAAGGCAUGCCGCUGUCCAGCUUCCUGCUAAAGCCCAUGCAGAGGAUCACCCGCUACCCUCUGCUCAUAAAGAACAUCUUGGAAAACACCCCAGAGGUCCAUGCAGACCGAAGCCCGCUGAAAGAAGCUCUGGAGCGAGCCGAGGAACUUUGUUCUCAGGUCAAUGAAGGCGUCAGAGAGAAAGAAAACUCAGACCGACUGGAGUGGAUUCAGAGCCACGUCCAGUGUGAAGGCGCUAUAGAGCACUUAGUGUUCAACUCUCUGACGAACUGCCUCGGGCCUCGCAAGCUGCUGCAUAGCGGUCGACUGUACAAAACCAAGAGCAGCAGAGAGCUGUGGGCUUUCCUCUUCAAUGACUUCCUCCUGCUCACCCACAGCGCCAAACCCUUCUCCUCCUCUGGAUCCGACAAGUUGUUCAGCCCCAAAACCAGCAUCCAGCUCAAGAUGUACAAAACGCCGCUGUUUCUGAAUGAGGUUUUGGUGAAAAUGCCACCGGAUCCGUCCAGCGACGAGCCGAUCUUCCACGUUUCACACAUCGAUCGAGUCUACACUCUCAAAAAUGAGACUUUAAAUGAGAGGACAGCGUGGGUCCAGAAAAUCAAAGCAGCAUCUGAACAUUUCAUCGAGACGGAGAAGAAGAAGAGAGAAAAGGCUUAUCAAGCCCGUUCUUUGAAGACCAGUGGAAUCGGUCGACUCUUGGUGACUGUAACUGAAGCUCAGGAGCUGAAGGCCUGUAAACCCAACGGUAAGAGUAACCCGUACUGCGAGCUGACAAUGGGCGCUCAGUGCUAUACUUCCAGACCCGUCAGCGACACUCUGAGCCCAAAGUGGAACUUCAACUGUCAGUUCUUCAUCAAAGAUCUGUACCAGGACGUUCUGUGCAUCACCGUGUUCGAGAAGGACCAGUUCUCACCUGAUGACUUCCUGGGUCGGACCGAGGUUCCCGUGGCGACCAUCAAGAAGGAGAUGGAGAGCAAAGGAGCAGCGACCCGCCGUCUGCUGCUGCACGAAGUACCGACCGGAGAGGUCUGGGUCAAACUGGACCUGCAGCUUUACGAGCCGAGCAAAUGAGCAGAAAAAAACAAACGAUGAUUUCAUGAAGAACAAUCAAACAAAGUGCCUUCCAGAUGUUGGACUGACCUCCAACCAGCUCUGAUGUGAAAAUAAUCCAAUAUUUUCUGACUGAAAUCACGACUUUAAGCCAGUUCCAUCUGCUGAAUUCAUAGUAAGUCACAUUUUAAAUUAUAUAUUUUACUGUUAAUGGAAUAUUCAAUAAAACCUGAACUAUGAGGAGAAACCUGAGCCGCCAGAAACUGAAUUUAAAUCAUUUAGGUUUGGAUUUUUAUUCUUCAACUUGAAUAAUUUGAUUUAAUGAGUUUAUUCAACUGAAAGUGUACCCCAAUAAACUGGAAACAAUUUAAUAUUUUAAAGUUUAUUCAGUUACUCUGGAAGUUUUGAUUUACAAUUAAUCAAUAAACUGAAAUAAUGUAAAGUUAAAUUAUUAUAAGUUAUAAAAAUUCCCAGAAAAAACACAUUUUUUAUCACAGUUGUUAAAUAUUUAAAAAUAAAAAAAAAUACUUACAAUUAUUAACAAUGACGAUUGAGAUUGAUCAAUUAGAAAAUUGAGCUUUAUAUGCAAAUUUUUAUUAUUAUUAAAGUUGAGAGUCAAAUUUAAAUUAUAAUGUUUAGAUUCUGGAAAUUUAACUUCAAAUGAUUCAAUUCUCAUUUUUAAUACAAUUAUUCAAGCUAAGAAGUUUAAAUAGUUUUGUUCAUAUUCACAUUUUUAUUUCCUUUAUUCAAGUGGAGAAAAUUCAGAUUUCUAGAUUCAAAGUACAGUGUUGUAUAUUAUAGUAAUGCAGUUUUACAUUUUAAUGAUUUAAUGUGAGUUUUUUAAAAUAAAAAAUGGAACUGCUCCAGUU